AUGAUGCCCAGUUGUCAGGUUGGCACAGGGGGCUUUGGUGGGCCGGUCUCCAGAGAGACCCUCACAACGGGCCUGGCUGCUGCCCUUGGUAACGGUGAAGUGAACGCUCAGACCAGUAGUCCUGGCCUUUACAAUGAUCUUCUUGGCAUCAAACCAAGUGACAAAGAAAACAUGCAGAACCUAAAUGCCCGCCUGGCCACCUACCUGAAGACUGUACACUCACUGGAAGCCGCCAAUGCCAGACUGGAAAAGCAAAUCCGCGAUUUCAUGCAGGAAAGAUUAGCGAAGCAGGGCAACGACUACAGCACAUACGAGAAGACCAUUAGCGACCUGCAGACACAGGUGGGCAUCGCAAGCAGGGACAGGCAGGACAUCCUCCUGGAAAUUACCAAUGCCCAACUAAAUCUGGAGGAUAAGAAAAAUGCGUUUCAGAAUGAGCAGGACUUGAGGUACCAAGCUGAAAGAGACGUAGCCCUGCUGAAGACGAUGCUGCAUACGCUGAGCCAAACCAAGACUGAUCUGAACGUGCAAGUCAGGAGCAUGCAGGAUGAGAUCGAUGACCUGAAGAGCAACCAUAGAAGGGCAAUAACAAGAUGCAAAGAAAAUCAACAGAUAAUCUGGCCUGGACAGCCACUACUUUCAUGCUAAUUUCUUA